GUCUUUAACUAGAAAUUCUGAACCAACUCUCUAGCAGAAAUCCUGGGCUCUCUUCUCCCAACCACAAGGUUAGGUUGAAAAACAGAGCAGAUGGAGGUAGUUUGUAGCCUACAGGUGCCCUGAAUGAAGCUUCCACAGUGCUAAAGUCGAAGAAUGAGGGACUCCAAGGGAAGGAUUCAAGGCUGGGCCCAUGCACCUGUGGAAUUCAGAUGAGACCCCAGAGGAGAUCAGCGCCCUCCAAUUAGCCCUGGGCGGAGAGCAGGCGGCGAGGGCUGGGCCGGAGAGGGACCACUCGAGCUGCGACGGGCCCCGGGGCUGCGGGGCAGGGCUGGCGCCCGGAGCCUGAGCUGCAGGAGGUGCGCUGGCUUUCCUCAACAGGUGGCGGCGGGGCGCGCGCCGGGAGCCCCCUAAUGCGGGAAAAGCACGUGUCCGCAUUUUAGAGAAGGCAAGGCCGGUGUGUUUAUCUGCAAGCCAUUCUACUUGCUCACGAAUCUUUGAGAACAUUAUAAUGACCUUUGUGCCUCUUCUUGCAAGGUGUUUUCUCAGCUGUUAUCUGAAGACAUGGAUAUAAAAAACUCACCAUCUAGCCUUAAUUCUCCUUCCUCCUACAACUGCAGUCAAUCCAUCUUACCCCUGGAGCAUGGCUCCAUAUACAUACCUUCCUCCUAUGUAGAGAGCCACCAUGAAUAUCCAGCCAUUACAUUCUAUAGCCCUGCUGUGAUGAAUUACAGCAUUCCCAGCAAUGUCACUAACUUGGAAGGUGGGCCUGGUCGGCAGACCACAAGCCCAAAUGUGUUGUGGCCAGCACCUGGGCACCUUUCUCCUUUAGCGGUCCAUCGCCAGUUAUCACAUCUGUAUGCAGAACCUCAAAAGAGUCCCUGGUGUGAAGCAAGAUCACUAGAACACACCUUACCUGUAAACAGAGAGACACUGAAAAGGAAGGUUAGUGGGAACCGUUGUACCAGCCCUGUUACUGGUCCAAGUUCAAAGAGGGAUGCUCACCUCUGCGCUGUCUGCAGCGAUUACGCAUCGGGAUAUCACUAUGGAGUCUGGUCGUGUGAAGGAUGUAAGGCCUUUUUUAAAAGAAGCAUUCAAGGACAUAAUGAUUAUAUUUGUCCAGCUACAAAUCAGUGUACGAUCGAUAAAAACCGGCGCAAGAGCUGCCAGGCCUGCCGACUUCGGAAGUGUUAUGAAGUGGGAAUGGUAAAGUGUGGCUCCCGGAGAGAGAGAUGUGGGUACCGCCUUGUGCGGAGACAGAGAAGUGCCGAUGAGCAGCUGCACUGUGCCGGCAAGACCAAGAGAAGUGGCGGCCACGCGCCCCGAGUGCGGGAGCUGCUGCUGGACGCCCUGAGCCCCGAGCAGCUGGUGCUCACCCUCCUGGAGGCUGAGCCGCCCCAUGUGCUGAUCAGCCGCCCUAGCGCGCCCUUCACCGAGGCCUCCAUGAUGAUGUCCCUGACCAAGUUGGCCGACAAGGAGUUGGUACACAUGAUCAGCUGGGCCAAGAAGAUUCCCGGCUUUGUGGAGCUCAGCCUGUUCGACCAAGUGCGGCUCUUGGAGAGCUGUUGGCUGGAGGUGUUAAUGGUGGGGCUGAUGUGGCGCUCAAUUGACCACCCCGGCAAGCUCAUCUUUGCUCCAGAUCUUGUUCUGGACAGGGAUGAGGGGAAAUGCGUAGAAGGAAUUCUGGAAAUCUUUGACAUGCUCCUGGCAACUACUUCAAGGUUUCGAGAGUUAAAACUCCAACACAAAGAGUAUCUCUGUGUCAAGGCCAUGAUCCUGCUCAAUUCCAAUAUGUACCCUCUGGUCGCAGCGACCCAGGAUGCUGACAGCAGCCGGAAGCUGGCCCACUUGCUGAACGCCGUGACCGAUGCUUUGGUCUGGGUGAUCGCCAAGAGCGGCAUCUCCUCCCAGCAGCAAUCCACGCGCCUGGCUAACCUCCUGAUGCUCCUGUCCCACGUCAGGCACGCGAGUAACAAGGGCAUGGAACAUCUGCUCAGCAUGAAGUGCAAAAACGUGGUCCCAGUGUAUGAACUGCUGCUGGAGAUGCUGAAUGCCCACGUGCUUCGCGGGUGCAAGUCCUCCAUCACGGGGUCCGAGUGCAGCCUGGCAGAGGACAGUAAAAGCAAAGAGGGCUCCCCAAACCCACAGUCUCAGUGACGCCUGGCCCUGAGGUGAACGGGCCCACAGAGGUCACAGGCUGAAGCGUGAACUCCAGUGUGUCGGGGGCCUGGGCUUCAUCUUUCUGCUGUGUGGUCCCUCAUUUGGUGAUGGCAGGGUUGGUCAUGUACCAUCCUUCCCUCGACCUCCCCAACUCCCAGGAGUCAGGGUGAGGAAGCCACAGUUUUCCUUGUUAGCAGAGGGCACAUUUGAAUGCAGCGUUUCCACACUCAAUGGCCUCAUAGGAUCUCAAUGUGAUCUUUCUUACUUUCCAUCUUCCUUCCUCCCCUUUGUGAAACAUCUUAAAGGUUUUGGAACGAAUGGUGGAAAUCUGACUUGGAAGGGCUGCGAAUCAAAGGGGAGAGGAAGUGACACGCUUACAGAAGUGGGCUAACCCUUCUUGUGCAGCACACACACUACCCUUCCCUUUGAGAGUUGACCUUUGCUCUUUUCUGGACCGCUUGAUUGUAAGAUUGAAAACCCCUGUGACAACUGCGUCCUUACCUCCCAGGCCUGUGGGGACUGAUCAUAUCAUGACGCUUAUUCUGUCAAAGGCCAGAGGGACUGUGGUCAAGCUGGGAUGCGAGUCACGUUCUCUCCCUGACCUUGCUACCAGCUGCACACAGAUUCAUCCCUCUUGAUUUGUAUUCGCAGAGCCUGCCAAUAAUUUGGGGUAUGUGUGUAUGAGCAUGCGAUCAUUUUCAUGGAGGACUGUGGGAGAUACAAAUCUCCCUGCUGCUGGAGCUGCCCUUCCUUAAACCUGUUGUCCCAUGGGGCCAGCGUGGGUACUGGAGAAAGGCUGUGUUUGCAGGAAUGGGGUUCUCUCCUGUGAGUGUGGGUGACAGCCACAGUGUUUCCCCAGGGCACUGUGGAUGCAGUUUCCAUCUUGUACAACCUCAUAAGUAGCAGCCACAACUGCCACAUCAGCCACCCCAAGUAGUCAGGGACACUUUGGGCUGUGGAUGUGCGCGGCGUGCUGUUUUGUGGAUGGAUGAGUAGCUAUGCACCCCAGCGUGUCAGCUCUGGGGCCACACUGGAUAGUCUUGAUGAGUAUGCCCCUUGAACAAGACCCAGUUUGUGAACUGUCCUUAAACAGAAAUAUUUAGGGAUAGUUAUUUAUAGCAAGAAAGAAUUCUUUUACACUUGAGAGCUCUUUUAAAAAUAUUUUCUUAUUGGAAAAUUUAUAUGGUGGGCUGGGUGAAAAACAGUAAAAAUAUUAGUUCUUAUUCCAAGUGGAACAUAAAUAGGACAUGAAGAAGGGCACCUCUGAAAUGAUAAUUUUAACUCACUUUUUAAAAGAUUUUGAAAUUUUCAGUUUUGGAAACACAGUGAAUGUGCAAAAUGAGUAACAGCAUACUUUGGAAGCCAGCAAUUAAAUAAUCAUGUUUCAUUAUUGCAGUAAUGUUUUAAACAAUUACCUUGUGAUAUGAUAUUAAAUAUAUUUUCUUUUUGAAAAUAUGUUCAC